AUGUCGAACCGAGUUGGGUUGACGAUUAUUGCGUGCAGCCUCGGUGUCGUGUUCUUCGUCGCCUGUCGCUCGGCAUUAAAUUCGUUGGAAAAUGAUGAACCGAACGUGCUUGCGGGUUUUGAGUACGAUCCGAAUGACAAUCGAUACCUAGAAGCCACCAUUGGGUCUACAUGCAAAGAGGUUGGGUUGAGCCGGAGGGAGGCGUUGUUCAAAAAUGAUCAUGGCGGAUUUGGGGAAGCGGCGUUCGAGCUUUUUGACCAAUAUCGGCAUUAUAUCAAUGGCAAGCGUGGAGGGGUUAUUAAUGCGCCGACAUCUUGGGUCGAAGCAGCAGCUUUCCAGCACGGCGCGGCUUCGAUGAUGUCGAUUGGGUACCGGCAAGUGGAAAUACAGUCAGCCAACAACCUGACCUUCAUGCACCCGCUGGACAUUUGCAAGCAGCAGCGAGACACGGUGAAUUCGCUCGAUUUCGCUGCGGCUUUUACGACAAUUGAGAGGAGCGGGCUUGGCAGGUUCAACGAGGCUCUCGACCCGUGGGGCGAUUUGCGUAUGAUGGCCAUGCUGCUUUAUUUUGCUGGCGUCAGUUUUGCAAUCGAAGAUGUCUGGCUGGGGCUCCAGGUCAGGAGCAUGAAAGAAACCGGCAUCGGCCUCGAAUUUUGUAAAAUUCCAAAAACCGGCUCAACGAUCGUGGGCAACAUUCUAUGCGAUGUGAUUCGAGAAUACCAUGGGAUCACCUACGCGCAGAAUAUCUCCGACAGGCUGGAUGGGGAAUUCCCCUGCUUUGCCCACAACACCUUCAAAAGAUUCAAUAACGGCGUGGCAAAAUGGAAACUGCAGAAAAAGAUAAAAUUCGCCGUCGUCCGAGACCCCAUCGACCGUUUUGUAUCGAUGUACGGCCAUUUCUGCUCGCUCUUACGAAAAUGCCAAGGCCGCGACAUUCACGAAUUUGCCGAGAAGGUGCACGACGCACUAAUGCAUCGAAUCUCAUUUGUGAAUCGUGAUCCCGAUAUCAAACUGCAUGUUCUGCCUCAAGCCGAUUUCUGUGAUCUGGGCAGCAACCUGGAGCAGUACGAGGUCAUCUACUGGGGCUAUUUGAAAAGGCGGGAGUACCAAAGGAAAUUGUCGCAAAGGUGUUACGGCAUU